CAAACUUCGACCCAGGGGAGAAAAUUGUUUUCCCACCACCUUCUACGGAGUAUCCGUACCUACCAGCCGACCCUUGUCACGUCUAGAACGCGCAGAAUACGCAUCUGAAAUUGAGGCGCUUCCAAAUCGGACAAUACCACACUAUAUCACGUAAUCCACGCUCUUUCUGCCGACCUUCACACCUGGGCGUGACAAGUACAUUCCCAAACCGCAUGUUGGGCGGUCAGGCUCCUUCAUCAGAGUCCAAAGGUCCAUGGUCGCCUCCGGAAGAACCUAUAGUACUGCAUGUGCAUGAUCUUCCCCAGCUCUAUCAGAAGCCCACAGCGGCUACUCUGCUGGAAGCUCUAGGUCUCCUGUCUUUCGAGCCGCCCACGUUCACACUCCAGAAUCAUGUCGUUUGCCGUAGAGUCGACGAACAAGGAGUCCCAACUUACUUGACUUCGAUCGUCUCUUCAAAUCUCCAUUGGAUCGAAGAUGAUGACACAAGAGAGGGAAUAUGGAACGCCGCAAGCGCUCGACUAAGUGAACGCUCGGGCAGGAAUGCUAUGCCUGCAAUGACACGGACUUUCAUCGUCAAUGGUGAACUGUCUAUCAACCUCCACGAGCCUUCGCUCACAGAGGAUAAUCUGGGACUGAAGACGUGGACGUCGUCACUUUUGCUAGCGCAACGACUCGCCAAGUGCCGAGGGUAUAUUCCCGGUGCCUGUUCCCGAGUCUUGGAAUUGGGGGCCGGUACAGGGCUUGUCGGCAUCGCGGCGGCUUGUGUCUGGAACACGCAGGUCCUGUUGACUGACUUGCCUGAGAUCCUUCCUAAUCUUGAACAGAAUCUCGCACACAAUCGGGAAUUGGUUGCAAGAAAUCGUGGCCAAGUCCAGGCAAGAGCACUCGAUUGGGCCGAUGAGACCGAUGUCCCAGGGCACGAAGAAGAAAAAUACAUGGUCAUUCUGGCAGCGGAUCCUAUCUACUCCUCCGAACACCCAAAGCUCCUUGUGAGCACUGUUCGCAGAUGGAUCAGCUGGGAUGCAGGUGCCAGAUUCAUCGUCGAGCUUCCAAUACGAGACCGCUAUGAUGGUGAAAGAGAAGACUUGCGGUAUAACUUGCACCAGUCCGGAUUCGAAAUCGUGGUCGAGGGUACUGACUCCGGAUAUGAUGAUUGGCAUGGGCGAGAUGGAUAUCCCGCUGACGUGACAUGCUGGUGGAGCAUAUGGAAGCCAUCUGGAAGAUGUUGAAGCAUCAAGACACCAGCUUCUGCUUCACACUUGCCGGGUUGGUUCAGAACCGCCACUGUGCCCAUAGAACGCUCUCCAACGUCCCAAUAUUCAUCUCCUCUUGAUCAAGACGGCGGCUUCCUGAACUCCAUGUAAUACAACACGCCUUCCUUGGACCUUG